GCAAACAAAAAAAAAAAUUAGUAAAUUCGACUCGGUUUAGAGGCGGUGCCAUCGCCAAGCGGUAGGAUCUGUGUGACAGUGCAGGGUACAGCUUUAGGUUGAGGGGCAGCGAGAGGAAAGAAUUUCUCCCGAUCCCGCUAUAUACUCGUACCACUAUUCCAUCGUAACAAACAUCAGCUUAAUUCAAACUGAUACCAUUUCUACACCGUGGUGGGAAUUCGCGAAGGUUGCUACAGUGAAGAAUAUUUACCACUCGCCUGCAGGACUUAACCAGACUACAACGUUAGGCUACUAAUUAAAAACGUUUUGGCGAAAAGUUUUGUUUUAUUUCUAUUUUUGGGGAGCGGUAAUUUUUUUCCACGAUGAACAAGCUAUACAUUGGAAAUCUCAAUGAAAAGGUGACCGCAGAAGACUUGGUUAAAACCUUUGAAGAUUACAAGAUUCCAUACUCUGGACAGUUUCUCAUGAAAACUGGCUAUGCGUUUGUUGAUUGCCCGGACGACCAAUGGGCAAUGAAAGCGAUUGAAACAUUUUCUGGUAAAGUGGAACUUCACGGCAAACGCAUUGAGGUCGAACAUUCUGUCCCUAAGAAGCAGAGGACCAGAAAACUUCAGAUCAGAAACAUUCCACCACACCUGCAGUGGGAGGUUCUCGAUGGUCUGCUUGCCCAAUAUGGAACUGUUGAGAACUGUGAACAAGUAAACACAGACAGCGAGACUGCAGUGGUUAAUGUCACAUAUGGGACGCGGGAGCAGGCUAGACAAGCUAUUCAGAAACUCAACGGCUACCAGUUUGACAACAAUGCCCUGCGUGUGUCUUACAUCCCCGAUGAAAACUCUGAGGUGGACUCUCAGCGAGGUCCAGACAACGGCCGCCGUCCUGGCUAUGGCCCACGAGGAACGUCCCGCCAGAUGUCACCUGGUUCAGGAAUUCCCUCCAAACACCAGCAUGCUGACAUCCCUCUCAGGUUGCUUGUGCCCACACAGUACGUAGGUGCCAUCAUCGGCAAAGAGGGUGCCACCAUUCGCAACAUCACAAAGCAGACCCAGAGCAAGAUUGAUGUGCAUCGUAAAGAGAACGCAGGUGCCGCCGAAAAGCCCAUAAGCAUCCAUUCUACCCCAGAGGGCUGUUCAGCUGCCUGCCGAAUGAUCCUGGAAAUCAUGAACCAGGAGGCCAAGGACACCAAAACUGCUGAUGAGGUUCCUCUGAAAGUUCUCGCUCACAACAACUUUGUUGGCCGUUUGAUUGGAAAAGAGGGACGCAACUUGAAGAAAGUGGAGCAAGACACUGAUACCAAGAUCACAAUUUCACCACUGCAGGAUCUGACCCUUUAUAACCCAGAGAGGACCAUUACAGUGAAGGGCUCCAUUGAAGCCUGCUGUCUGGCUGAACAAGAGAUCAUGAAGAAAGUGCGAGAGGCUUAUGACAAUGACAUCGCUGCUAUGAAUCAACAAACUCAUCUGAUCCCAGGACUAAAUCUUGGAGCCAUCGGCCUCUUUCCACCAUCCUCUGCCAUGCCGCCUCCUGCCCUCGGAAACUCUGUGCCUGGUCCCCCUUAUGGCCCUAUGGGGGCCUCCGAACAGGAGACUGUCCAUGUGUACAUCCCAGCUCAAGCUGUAGGGGCUCUUAUUGGCAAGAAGGGACAGCAUAUCAAGCAGCUCAGCCGUUUUGCCGGAGCUUCCAUUAAGAUUGCACCAGCAGAGGCUCCAGACUCAAAAAUGCGAAUGGUCAUUGUGACAGGACCACCUGAGGCCCAAUUCAAGGCUCAAGGCAGAAUAUACGGUAAACUGAAGGAGGAAAACUUCUUUGGGCCCAAAGAGGAGGUGAAGCUGGAGACACACAUCAAAGUAGCAGCUGCAGCAGCAGGAAGAGUCAUCGGAAAGGGCGGAAAAACCGUGAAUGAACUGCAGAACCUCACCGCUGCUGAAGUCGUGGUUCCCAGAGAACAAACACCUGAUGAACACGACCAGGUCAUCGUCAAAAUUAUCGGCCAUUUUUACGCAAGUCAGCUGGCACAGAGGAAGAUCCGAGACAUUUUGACACAAGUCAAGCAGCAGCAGAAAGGAGGAGGUAUGGGAACUCCACAGGGGCCUCAUCCGCAGGGCAUGACUGAGCUGGGGUCUCCUCAGGGACUGGCACAAGAGCCCAGGAGGAAGUGAGAGAUCAGCGCCGCUGCCCAGUCAGACGGACAAAUGAGAGGACAAACGAGUGGACUGACUGAGAGAGAGAGUGACACACAGACCCAGCGGUAGACAGGGGAGCUGAGAGGGAAUUAAAAAGACAAAAAAGACAAAAAAUAGAGCCUGAGAGAGAGAGAGAGAGAGGACACGACUUUAGUGAAUAUGAACAAGAAAAACGUGUGAUUUAAAUUUUUUUUUAAAGAGAGAUAAUUAGAAAACAGAGACCAGAUGCCAGGCCAGGUGGAGUGACUGAGGAUGGCGAGGAUGUCCGUCGAAGCGGAGCGCCCUCUGCGGAGAGCUUUUUUACAUGGUAGCCGCUUAUUAGGAGUAGGGCAUAAUGAUGGUCCCUCAAAAUGAGCUGUUUGGGAUCCCCAGCCAUCAGCAGUCACUUCAGAUUUUUUAACUGUGUUUUUUUUAAAGAUAGAGAUAUAUGUAUAGAAAUGUUUAUUCAGAGGUAUUAUUAAUGAAAUGCAGUGAGGUAGAGAUGGAGAGAGAGAGAGCAGAGAGCCAAUCACAGUUCUUUGUGGGCGGAGCCACCAGUCAGGUGACUUCUCCCUGUUUUUCAGAGCUGAGGGGAGGGGCCAAAGUUGUUAACACUGCUCUUGAAAUCCUUCACGCUUAACUGUGGGGGUGACGAGAUGAAAAAAAGAUGAAAAAAUGAGGUUGUAAAUAUAAUCUUCAUGACUUUAUGUUUAGAUGCUGCACGUCAACGUUGCCAAUCAACUACGCAGCUUGAGAGGGUCGUGCCACUCUUUUGUUUUGGAGACUUCUUUCUAUUUAGGCUGUGUGCUGUUUGGCUGGUGGGACGUGCGGCGAGAGUUCAGUAAGUGUGUGGGCUAAAGCUGACCUCUGCAGUUGUAUUGCAGUGGUUCAGCUUUGACGUGUGGAAAACGAACAAAUCCCGCCCUAAAUCACGCCAGCGAUGAUCGCUGCAGCGCCGCUCACACUCAAACGGCAUAUUUUAUAUAUAUUAUAUAUAUAUGAUAUGUGAGUUAACCUGGCCCCUCAUUGCAUUAGAGCAGGCAGACAUUGGGAAAAAUCAGAAAACAAGAAUCUUUUAGAAAGCAAUUUCUUGUUAGGAAUGUGUGAUUUAAGAAGCAAUCGUCAUUUAUAAACCUGGCCUUCAGAUGAACUGUUCUGCAUUCUUCCUGAGAAUAAAUGUGCUGCUAAAUAUGCAGCAAUAGAAUCACGUGAGGACGGUUGUCCUGAAUGCCAGGUUUGAAUGAUAGACCUGUUGGUCAAAGGAGAAGAACUGGUGACAGUACAGUGGUCUCUGUGCUCUCUCUCGCCCACUUUGUUCGAUAUUUGCCGAUGAGGUUGCCAGAGUGCUGGCCUUUCUCACUGAACCUAGAACAGAUUAGAUAAAAAUGAAAUUAAGAAAAACAAAAAACCUACCUCAGGGUAUUGUUACCUCAGUAUUCCUAAUUUCUUUUUUCUUUUAAAUUCUUUUUUUUUCUUUCUUUUUUUGUGCUUGCUGGUGUUUUAUAUAAAAGCUGAUAGUCUUGAAUAUUUUAUUUUUUUAAGGAAGAAAUAUUUUUAUUUUUUUUCCUUUAUUUUCCUUUUUGGUAUGACUGUAUGCGUGAGUGUAACUGAGGGGAUUUCCUCACCUGAGCUCAGAAGGACUUCCAGAUUCAUUGUUUAGGCGGUCUUUAGACCAGCCUCGGAGUCCUUGUAGAGCCGCACUUGAUAUCACUGGUCAAUGGGACACAGGACGAAUCGUGCCAUCUUAUUCUGGUGCAUAAUGAACGCUGCCAUACCACAGGAUUUAGUAUUAGUGUUUGUAAUACAAGCUGACGGUAGAAAACUAAAAGUUACUCUUUUGCCAAUACUGUGGUGUGAUCUUGAUCAUUCUGCACUGAAGGACGUCAUUGGUUAACUUACUUGAAAGGGCUUGAAAAAUGAAAGCGUGUAAACUAUCUUUAGCCCCAAGACGCUGAAUGUGAACUAUUUAACAUCUUUGUUUUUCUUUUUGUUUGUUACGGAUGGAGUCUCGUCCUUCCCCAUUGUCCUGUGCAAGUGUGCGCGGUUGCGUUUUCUGAUUGAGUUACGUGUUAAUUUUUUUUGUUGUUGUUGUUGGGGAAGUGGUUUGGGUGUUUUAAAAAGGCAGAAACAUAGGAAAACACUCUAUGCUCUCAGUCUUACUCAUUUUUUUAAAAACCGACUGAGAACAUACAAGAAAAACGGGAGCCAAAAAAAUGCAAAAACUGAAGCAUUCACCAUCUCUCAAAUUGAAAACUGUAAAUAAUUUGUUCAACAAAGCAAUCAGAUUUAAAAAAAAAUCUUUGUAUUUUUUUAGAAUAAAAUACUAAUUGGAUAAAGGAUGGCAAGACUUUUAACCGUUAAAGAUGGAUGGACACUGCCAGACCGCAUCUUUUCCACGUUCCAUUCAGAAGGGUUUGCCAGAAUGUUCACAUGCUUUAACUGGUCAAGGUCUUUUAUUUUGUUUUGUUGUUUUGUUAUAUAUUUUUUUGUUUGUUUGAGCUUCCCCUUUUUCACACUAGAUGGCAGUCUUCUGUUUUCUGCUUGAGGACUGAACUUGUCAACAUCUCACAUACUGCUCUUCAGGCGAGAAUGAAGUUAUCUGUCCUGUUCCAGCCCAUAGAUUUCUGUCAAACGCACUCACACACACUUCUGCUCUGUUCAGACUGCAGCAGCCUUUUGUUUUUACGUCUUCUUUUUUUCUUUUUUGACAGCAAGCUUGACAUCUGGUUGCUAACUGUUUCAUCAAUAAAAGACAAAAAAUAUGUGAGCGAGAAAUAUUAACAUAACCGCAGAUCUCCGAGAACUAACAUAGUUGUGACAAAGCGAAAUAGUAGGUAUGUUAUUGUAAUUGCAUUUUGUUUUUCAUUAUUUUGUCUAUUUUAGGAUUAUCCUUUGGGUGAAAGCGAUGAGAGGGAUGGUAUCAGUGGAUGGGUGGACAUUUUGUAAAGAUCCCAAGGUUUUAGAUGUGUCCCCUUCCUCUUUUUUUCCCCCCCAUGGUGUUCUUACCUUUCAUCCCUUGACACCACUCGCUUCCUUCAUCCACUUGUUUUUAUUUUUUUUUUUUGGCGAUAGUAUCUGAGACAUUAGCUUUGGCGAGCAACGUGUCGUUUCAGUUCUGGAAUAGAACGCCCUCUCUCACGCUGGCCUCGUUUGUGACCGUUUUUUCUGUUUAGUUCAGUCGUUUGAUGUUGAAAUUUCUUUGCAAUUUUGUUUUUCUCUUUAUCAGAUCGUCUCCAUUUAUUUAGUUUAGUUUCUCCUCGAUCAGAGUUCUUUAUGCACAGACACCUCUUACACUGCUACGAGUGAAAUACUAACACUUCACGUAAUACCUGUGCCAAACCGGGGUUCUCUUUAUGUUUUGUUGAUGUACUCCAGGAUAAAGGAACUAACUGCGACUGCACAGUCAGGAACGGAUGCAUUGCCUAUAUGCACGCUCCCCUGUGAGUUGGCCUCCUGUUUGGCACUUUUCGCUUUUCAUUUCAAUAUAUCGAGGCCCUCCAUGCUUUGUCAGUGGUGAGGGCUUGAACAAAACAGUACAACCAUUUCAUUAGCAUACUUGAGCUUUUCGGAAAGAGAUAGUAUGUUGUUUACUUAUGCAAUUUUGUGACAAGUCACAUAAACGGUGUUUGUCGCACGGACUGUUAAGUGUCCACUGGGAAAAGUUGCAUUGCAGUGCGUAGAUCUACAUGUAGACCACAGUAUGAAGAGCAGCUUAGCUGGUUGUGGUCAUCAUCAUCAUCAUAUCGACGUUGCAUGCCACUGUUGUAUCUCACCAUGCUAGAUUCUGGCCUCUCCUAAAGGAAAAUAUUUGGGUGCUACAAAUGACGUCUCAAACCUCACAUAACUAGGAACGCUACCUCAAGACUUAGCCAUAAGAUUGUUUUAUCAAGCAGACGAGAGCGAAAGUGCAUGUUACAUUUUUGAGUUUUAAUUUAUUUUUAGCUUUUAAUUUCUCUAGACGUUUGGAUAGAAAACUACUCGAGCUUAGAGCGGGGACUCCUUCGGGAUGGGGUGACACAACAGGGAAUGGAUGUUGUGGUAUGAUGGCUUGCACAGGAGGAGGAAGGUUGAAGAACCCGUGAAAUGAUGCUAAACUAAAAUUCUCUCCACGUCGUGAUUUACUGUGCAUUCAGGUCAUGGCAGGAGUGUUGUAUUUAUGAGUUAGACUGGUGUGAAUGCCAGCACAACGUUGUAUUUACAAGUAGGAAUCUCAUGAAAAGACAAUGAAAUAUAGUUUUGGAACUCUCUCAGAAAUAUGGGUACAAGAGCUAUCACUCAGGCAGUACCUUUUCAAAAAGUCCAUAUUUGUAUCUGAAGGGUCCAUAUAGGUACCUCAAAGGUACAUUUGGGUACUAAUAUGUACCUUGAGGUACUACUGCAGACUCUAUUGGUAUAAAUAUGUAUCUUUUGAAAAGGUAAAGGCCCAGCGAAUGCUCCCGUACCUUCAUUUCUGAGAGUGUAUGAAAAAUGAAACGACGUUCCCUGUCUCUUUAGCACAGUUUUUUGGGGUAAACUACCUCUUUAAGCCCUGUCACUGGGGUGGUACCUUUUAAAAAGAUACAAAUUUUUAAGUAAAAGGUCCAUAUUAAUACCUCAACGGUACAUAUUAGUACCUAAGAAGUACAAAAGUGUUCCUCUUAAAAUUUGUAGGUACUAAUAAAUACUUUUGAGGUACCGAUAUGGACCUUUUCAGUACAAAUGUAUACCUUUUGAAAAGGUAUCACCCGUGACAACUUGCAUACCUUUAUUUCUGAGAGUGAAGAUGAGCACACAAUGGCCUUUAAUUAAUCAUGCAGCCCUUUUAAACAUAACACCUUAAUGAUUCAAUGGCAGUCAGUUGGUACAGUCAAAGUUUUCAGAAAAUCCCCAAUUUUAAUAGUGGUUAUAAGUUUGUAAGAGGGAUUAAACGUAGUCGGAUUCCUGAAAUUACAGUAACAUAGCUGUUGCUGUAAACAACCAUUUAAUUUAAUGUAAAAAAUGUUCUUUCCACCCAGUUUGGAAACUCUUGACGCUUCCCAAUUGUAAAUGCAACUCUUGAUGCUAUGCUUCUCCAAUUUCUGACAAGGAAACCUAUAUUUACAACAACUCUGAUUGCACAUGAAGGCAGCAUUGAACGGCCCUGACUAUUAUGAAACUAAUGGCACAAACGUAUCCAGGCCAGCAUUGGUAGGGUGACUAACGAUACCUCUGUAAAGAUGAACACACAUUUGUGCCUGUUGCACUCCUUCAUCUAUGUCCUUUCCCACCUUGAUGGCACCACACUACCUCCACGCCAUGCAGCCUUGACCCCACAAGUACCAUCCUCCCCAUUUAGAAGCUGCUGAUUUUGAAACCGGUCUCACUUUUUUGGGGGUGAAUCUAGAUUUAAGUUGGCAAUAAAUCUGCACUUUCUGCCCUAAGCUUCUACUAACAUCUUGUCCUCAACUUGUAGUCCCAUUUUUUGACUUAACGGCCUGAAUCAAGAGGCAUGACACCUAUAAUCAUGUAUUUUCAAUUUUUUCUUUUCUUUUUUUGUUGAUCUACCUCUUAGAAUAAAGACAAACCGAUAGAACAGAUCGUAAAACUAAAAAAGGACACAAAAAGUUACAAUGUUAAGCUAAAUGAAUCAAUAAUAUUAUAUUAAUAAUAACAAUAAUAACAAUGACUUAAGCAUCUGGGUAGCAGCAUCUCCAUAUACUGUAGUGAAUAGAUCUUUUACUUCCAAAGAUGAUGAUGAUUUUUCUCUUCUGUUGUUUUGAAAUUGUUCACGUGAAUUUGGUAAUGGGUUAAAUGGAAAUGCGGGAGGGGGAAUA